UUGGAAUAAAGUGUUAGCUUGUUUGCCAAAUUUAAGCCCUAAAAUGGUGAAAAGUUUGGCAUCAGAAAAUUUUAGAGAGAAAUUUUUUGAUCGAUCAUUAUGGCAGCUGAAGUGGCAAUCUCAUCUGUGGUCGAACUACUGGGCAAUCAGCUGAUUCAGAAGGUUAAAUCCCUGCAAGGCAUCGAGGAAAAGGUGGAGUUGCUAAGAGAGGAGCUGAAGAGGAUGCAAUCCUUUCUCAAAGACGCCAACAAAAAGCAAUUUGAAGACGAGAGGGUGCGUAAUUGGAUCUCGGAUAUCAGAGAGUUGGCUCAAGAUGCCCAAGAUACCAUCGAGAUCUUCCUUCUCCACGUUGAAAGUGCCAAGAAUGGGGGGCUUAUCAAAAGAUGUACAAGCUUCCCGAAGCGUAUGCACCACCUCGACAAAAUUGGAGAUGAGAUCGAGUCGAUCCAAGCUAGACUUGAUGCCAUUGACAAAAGCCGCGAGAGGUACGGUAUCAAGGAUCUCGGAGAGGCAGCUGAGUCGGCAUCGAGAUGGCAAAUUGAAUUGCGGCGGCGGUUGAUUCCUUGGCAAAAGGACGAACAUCUUGUGGGCGUUGAAGAUGAUGUGAAAAAGCUGCUGCAAGAAUCAAUUCUGUGUGAGAAGAAAGGGCUUUGCAUUGCGGUCUUAGAGGGCAUGGGCGGGAUCGGGAAAUCGACACUUGCCCGGGAAAUAUACAACCACCCCGACGUCGUUGCUGGUCCAUUUGAUCGCCGUGGUUGGGUUGUGGUGUCGAGUGAAUUUACACCACAAGAGACCAUCAAGCAGCUUAUCUUCGAUCUGCCGGGCUCUGACAAACAAAAGGUGCGUGAAUUGGAGGAGACGAUGAAGGACAAGCCAUACCUCCUACAAAUGCUUCAAGAAAUGCUUUAUAAGCAAUUGAAGGGGAAAUCAUAUUUGAUAGUUCUGGAUGAUGUGUGGGAGAAGGAACAUUUGGAAUCUCUCAUCAAUGCUUUCCCAAAUCAACAAGAUAAAGCAGGUAGAUUAUUGGUUACGACUCGCAACAAGAUUAUUACAAAGUAUGAUCAAUAUGUGCAUAAGAUGAGUCUCUUAGACCACGAAAAGAGUUGGGAAUUGUUGUUAAAGAAGGCAUUCAUUGGUAGCAGCAUUAUUGGCAAAUGUCCAGACGAAUUCGAGAGUGUGGGCAAACAAAUCUUGGAAAAAUGCCAUGGUCUACCAUUAGCCAUCAGUGUUGUAGCAGCCUUACUCGUGGAAACACAAACUGAGAGUGGAUGGGAACAAGUGCUUAACCAAAUAAACUCUUAUUUGGGAAAGACUAAAAGCGACGUAUCAACAAUUUUGGAGUUGAGUUAUCAGAAUCUGUCUCCCCAGUUGAAGUCAUGCUUCUUGUGCCUAGCCUUUUUCAAAGAAGACUUUACUAUCCCAACAAAAAGGCUUUUAAACAUAUGGGAUGCACAAGGCUUGAUCCAACAGGAAGGAAGCAAAACAACUGAUGAGAUAGUGAAAGGUUAUUUAAAUGAGUUGAUCAAUCAAAGCAUGCUUCAAAUUCAAGAUCUAAACGUUAAUAAUCAAGUCAAAAGUUGUCGCCUCCAUGAUCUUGUGCGCGAGGUUUGCUUAAGAAAAGCAAAGGAGGAAAUAGGUCUGGAGAUAGUGAAAGGGGAGAAGCGGAUUUCGUCAGAAUCAUCCUAUAAGCCUCGCCAUCGUGUUGUGUAUGUCGAGAAUAUUAAGACUUCCUCAUCGAAUCAAAAUAAGCAUGUACGCUCUCUUUUCCUACUUAAUGUCCAAGGUGGUUGGGUUCCAAAUAUGGCCAUUCAAUCUUAUUACUGGAAGAGCUAUUAUCUCCUUAAGACACUCGAGCUUGACGGGCUUUCCUUUUAUAGAUUGCCCAACUCUUUUCGGUCAUUGAUUGGAUUGAAGUGCUUGAAAAUAUACGAAUCUCGAGGCAGUGUGAUCAAACUCCCAAACUGGUUUGAUCAUCUUAGAAACCUCGAGGUUCUUGACAUGAAAUGGUGCUAUGCAGAUUUCCCAAGACUAGAUUCACUGGAAAUGGACAGGCUAUGUCACUUCUGCGCAUAUCUUGUCAGUGGACUGACAAACAUAAACAUGUGGAAAGAUAUUGAGUGUUUGAGACACAUUCGCCACAAGGACUGGAUGAAGUGCAUAUCAACUCUAACGAGUAGUUGUCAUCUUCGUGAAUUAGGCAUACGUUUUGAUGGACGAAUGAUAGAGCAUGAAGAGUUGAUCAAAGUGAGAGCGUCGUUGGAGAAGAUGCAGAAUCUUGUCAUACUUCACUUAUUAGGGUUGUUUGGUCGUCCUACUGACAUAGCAUUAGUUGUGCCGCAGCUCGCCAAUCUCACCAAACUUAAACUGUAUAAUCCGAUGUCCAAAUGUCCAACUGUGAGUACAUUCCCUCCAAAUCUUUCUCACCUUACGUUGACGGAUUCCGAGCUAGUUGAUGAUCCGAUGGCAGAGCUGGGUAAGCUUCCAAAGCUGCUCUUCCUCAAGAUAGAGAAGCAGGCUUACUUGGGUGAAACGAUGCUAGUUUUGUGGGACGGGUUCCCCUGCCUCGAAGCCCUGGUCCUUCGAGGUUUGGAUGAACUGAAGAGCGUCUUCAUAGAAGAAGGUGGAAUGCCGAAGCUCAGACAUCUCCGAAUUCGUAAAUGCCCCCGUCUGAACACUGGGAAUCUACCGCAACACAUCAACAUUUUUAUUGAAUAAUCUCAAGCUUACUUUACUUAUCUUUAGUUAUUCGUGUGUCUAUGAGUAAUAAGAAACGGAGUUUGUUGUGGUUGUUGAAACAUUAAUUUGACAUUAUCCAAACUACAUGCAUGAAUGUUGAAUUUAUUGCUGAUUCA